AUGCUCAAGAACAUCCCGCGAACCUUCGAGAGCCUUCAACAGUUCAAGAUAGCACAGGACAAAGAUGCAUUUUACAAGAAGGAGAUGGAGGAUGGAGGUCUCAGGGCUGCGAAGGUUCUCUACAGCAAAGCGCUUGUUGGAGCAGUCGACUACAGGGACAUUCGCCAGCACUGCAAAGAUGUGCAGAACUUCAUGGCGAAUUUCGUGAGACCCAACCUCUUCACCCCCACAGGUGCGAAGUACAAGUUCCAAUUCGAUUGUGUAGCCGAGGCAGCGAAGACUGUGUUCGGCCUGUAG